UCUCUCGUGCUCAGCGGUGCCGGGGUCGCUAGUAAGCCGCGCCGUGAUUGGCGGAGAGCUCCUGUCACUCUCGCCCAUUGGCUGUGAGCCGGAUCGGGUGGGCGUGGCCCGUGGCGGCUGGGAAGUGUUGUGGCGUUUAUCCCUUCACUGAUAUCCUGUGAGUUUCCGGGACUUGUCUCCUGUUUACGGUGAAAGGAGCGGCCGGCGGGGCCCGAGACACCGGGGAGGGUUCAGACUUCCUGAUCUCGUAGACCAGAAACAAGUCUUCAGCGAUUUAAGAUGCCGGCAGGUGUCUGUGGCUGUUGUGGAGCUUUACGGCCUCGAUACAAGCGCCUGGUUGAUAAUAUCUUCCCCGAAGACCCUAAAGAUGGACUUGUCAAGGCAGAUAUGGAAAAACUCACAUUUUAUGCUGUUUCGGCCCCUGAAAAACUGGAUCGGAUUGGCUCUUACUUAGCGGAGAGACUGAGCAGAGAUGUUGUCAGACACCGCUACGGCAAUGUAUUCAUUGCCAUGGAGGCAUUGGACCAGCUACUCAUGGCGUGCCACUCCCAGAGCAUCAAACCCUUCGUCGAAAGCUUUCUCCACAUGGUGGCAAAACUCUUGGAGUCAGGAGAACCGAAGCUGCAAGUGUACGGAACCAAUUCUUUUGUCAAGUUUGCAAACAUAGAAGAAGACACUCCGUCCUAUCACAGACGAUACGAUUUCUUUGUUUCCAGAUUCAGCGCCAUGUGCCAUUCAUGUCACAGCGAUCCUGAAGUGCAAACAGAAAUAAGAAUUGCUGGAAUCCGCGGUAUCCAGGGAGUUGUCCGUAAAACUGUGAAUGAUGAACUUCGGGCAACAAUAUGGGAGCCCCAACACAUGGAUAAAAUAGUUCCAUCUCUGUUGUUUAACAUGCAAAAGAUAGAAGACAGUGAAAGUCGCACGGUCCCACCUGCAUCCUCCUCCGUGGUCGGUGACAAAGAGGAGAACCCGAGCGUCCUGGCCGAAAACUGCUUCAGGGAACUUCUGGGCAGAGCUGCUUAUGGAAACAUGAAUAAUGCCGUCCGACCAGUGUUUGCGCAUCUAGACCAUCACAAGCUGUGGGAGUCCAAUGAGUUUGCGGUGUCCUGCUUUAAGAUCAUCAUGUAUUCCAUUCAGGCGCAGUACUCUCAUCAUGUGAUCCAGCAGAUCCUUGGACAUCUUGAUUUGCAUAAAAAGGAUUCCCCCCGCUUACGAGCUGGAAUCGUGCAGGUUCUCCUGGAGGCCAUAGCUAUUGCUGCCAAAGGGUCUAUUGGUCCUACAGUGCUGGAGGUGUUCAACACCCUUCUGAAGCAUCUGACCCUCAGUGUUGACUUUGAACUUGGGGAUCGGAGAAGUUCUGUCGGCAGUGCGUGCUUCAAUUCUAGCUCGAAGGAAAGUGAUGAGCGAAUCGUUCAGAACGCUAUUAUUCAGACCAUCGGUUUCUUUGGAAGCAAUUUACCAGAUUACCAGCGAUCGGAGAUCAUAAUGUUCAUCAUGGGCAAAGUGCCAGUUUUUGGGUCUUCGCACACGCUGGACACCAGUCAGUUGGGGGAUUUGGGAACUAAGAGAAUCCAGAUCAUGCUGCUCCGAUCCUUACUUAUGGUGACCUCAGGUUACAAGGCAAAGUCCAUUGCAGCUGCCCUUCCCCCGGCAUUCCUGGAUCCCCUCCUAUCCCCUUCUCUCAUGGAGGAUUUGGAACUGCGUCAGCUAGUGCUUGAAAUAAUGCACAACCUUAUAGAUCGUCAUGACAACCGAGCGAAGCUCCGAGGCAUCCGAAUAAUUCCAGAUGUUGCCGAUCUUAAAAUUAAACGUGAGAAAAUCAGCCGACAGGAUGUGAACUUCGUGAAAAAGCACGGCCAGCAGCUGUACAGGCACGUAUACCUGGGCUGCAAGGAAGAGGACAACAUACACAAGAACUACGAGCUUCUCUAUACCACCCUGGCGCUGGUGACCAUCGAGCUGGCCAAUGAAGAAGUGGUCAUCGACCUGAUACGUGUGGCUAUUGCAUUGCAGGACAUGGCAAUCACCAAUGAAGACAACCUGCAGAUGUUCAGCCGCUGCAGCAUCAUGGCCCUGGUUGCAGCGUAUCUCAACUUCCUCAGCCAAAUGAUUGCCGUUCCUGCGUUUUGCCAGCACGUCAGCAAGGUCAUAGAAACGAGGAACAUGGAUGCACCUUACUUUUUGCCAGAAGUCAUAUUCCGAGAUAAAUGCAGUCUUCCAAAGUCUCUAGAGAAGCACGAUAAGAAUGUCUUCUUCCUCACAAAUAAAAUAGUGGAGUCCCUUGGAGGCAGCGGGUACAGCGUGGAGCGGCUUUCGGUCCCUUAUGUGCCGCAAGUGACAGAUGAAGAUAGACACUCUAGAAGGAAGAGUAUUGUGGACACCAUAUCCAUCCAAGUGGACAUCAUGACAGGAAGCAACACCGAGGACAAGGUUAACACUGAGGAGAUCACAUUUGAGUCGCUAAAAAAGGCCAUUGAUAACACCGGCAUGGAAGAGCAGGAGAAAGAGAAGAGACGUCAGGUCAUAGAAAAGUUCCAGAAGGCGCCGUUUGAAGAGAUUGCUGCACAAUGUGAAUCUAAGGCAAACCUGCUGCAUGAUAAGCUCGCGCAGAUCCUGGAGCUGACAAUCAGGCCACCCCCCAGCCCAUCUGGGACAAUCACCAUCACAGCCGGACACGCCCAGUACCAGUCCGUCCCAGUAUAUGAGAUGAAAUUUCCCGACCUAUGCGUCUACUAAACUGCGGAUCCCUCUCCAUCCAUCCAGACAUCUGUAUCGUACGGUGUUUUAGGAUUUUUUGUUGUUGCUUCACAGUAUUCAGAAUUAGUGCUGUAAGAACCGAUGAGGGAGACGCUUUAUACUUGUACGUAGCCGGAGGAACGCAGAUCAGAGUACCUGAGAGAUUUGUACUGUUUACUGAAAAUACCAAAAUUUUAUUUGUUAUCCGAGAGCAACUCUGUUAUUUGUUUUUUUUUGUUUUGUCUUAAAUGUUUUUCUGCAUUAGUGGGGGGCAAUAUGCGCUGCCCAUCCACCUUUUUAUAAUGCCAGUUCCUGCGCAGUUAGGGGUGUGGGUAUCUGCUGAAUGUAGAGGAUGGAGCUCAGGGGGUUUCUAGUGACAUGGGAUGUCAUGUUCCUUCGAACUACAUAGGGUCACCUUAUGGGUGCCACGCAAAAUUUGCUCUAUAGCUACUAUAGAUUUCAGACCUGCUCUUUAGCCAGAAUUAAAGGAGGAGAAGAAAAUGUUUUUAAAUUAACUGGUGGCAUAAAGUUAUACAGAUUUCUAAAUUAAACGAUAAUAUAAAUUGGCACUUAACAAGAACACCAACUAGUGUAAUAAAUUAUAAAUAAAUAGAUAAUAUAAGAAAUUAUUUUGUUUUUUAUUAUUGUUAAAAUGUAAAUGUCUUAAAUUAUAAAAAUUAUUUCUGAUAUUAUCUAUUCAUUUUUUUUUUAUACUUGUUGGGUUCUUGUUUAGCGCCAAUAUACAUUAUCCUUUAUUUUUUAUAUUAAUAUAUUAGGAAGCCAUCAGAACCCUCGGUCCGAUCCCAUAAGGGAAGUGCAGGUAUCUAUAUACUGUAUUUGUUAUGCAGAUUUGUAAAUUAAAAAUAAUGUAUAUUGGCGCUUAACAAGAACACCAACUAGUGUAAAAAAUUAUAAAUAAAUAGAUAAUAUAAGAAAUAAUUUUGUUUUUUAUUAUUGUUAAAAUGUAAAUGUCUUAAAUUAUAAAAAAAAAAAUCUGAUAUUAUCUAUUCAUUUUUUUUUUUUAUACUAGUUGGGUUCUUGUUUAGCGCCAAUAUACAUUAUCCUUUAUUUUUUAUAUUAAUAUAUUAGGCAGCCAUCAGAACCCUUGGUCCUAGGGUAUCUAUAUACUGUAUUUGUUAAACAGAUUUGUAAAUUACUUCUAUCUAAAUAUCUUAAUCCUUCCAGUA